AUGGGAGAAUAUUUACAACUUAAUGUGUGUGAAUUAGGCCGUGAAGCCAAACGAAACUGUACUGAUGUAUGGGCUUUCGUUUUGUACUCCAUCUUCUUUUUUGGCAUGAUAGUCUUUACCGUGUUUGCUUCGCGGACCGGCCGGCCUGAGGCUUUACUACACGGUGUAGAUUACAACGGACACAUUUGUGGAAACUUUCCAUCCCCGAGCCACCUCACUGUUUCCCAGGAUGAAUGGAAAACGAUGCGAUUUUUGUGGUAUCCAUUUAUCUUUAACUCUUCGACAAACACCUUUACAGAUGCAAUUCACACCGGGAUUUGUGUUAAAGAAUGUCCCUUUGUGGGUGAUUAUGUUUGGACGUAUGGAGGCUCCAUUACUACUUUUACUACAUUUAAAGCUAUUUACAGUUCAUCUGUGCAGUUGUGGCGGUGUAUCCCAGAUAUCAAUACACUUGAAUGUGAGAAUAAUACAAAUUGUGACUCCCGUAAACAAAUGGUAAAAAGUCUAAUUUCUGAUAUUCUGCAAUCUAAUAAUUUUUUAUUUGGAUUGCUAAGAAGUUUGAUCGAUCAAUGGUUUAUACACCUCACCAUGUUUAUCUUUAGUAUUAUCAUGUCGUUUCUAUGGGCAUACUCUAUGGAACACAUGGUAGAACCCCUUAUGGUGAUUGUAUCUGUAUUAUUCUCAUUGUUAACUGUAGUAUUUGGUUUUUUUGCAUUAUGUCAGUUUAAUUGGAGCUCAGGUAGUUUUCGUUACGUGUGGCUAUCUUUGAGUAUAUUGUUAUUUACUUUCUCAGUUGUAUACACUACUAUACUAAUUUAUUUGCGCAAGAAGAUUAUUUUGUCGUGCUUGAUUAUUGAGGAGACAAAUAAAGUAGUGAUGGCUAUACCAUCCAUGAUGUUCGUUCCAUUCCUGAACUCCCUUUUCCAAGGCGCAAUGUGGAUAUUUUUUCUAUUUGCUACAGUCAUGCUGUAUUCCCAUGUAAAUAUGACUGACGAGAGAGUUUAUGGGGAUACGGGAAUUUUAAAUGUGACCAUAAUGCAGAACUCUAACCCAUGUUCAUAUGUAGGUCAUUUGAUCAUUUUCUUUCUUUGUCUUUGCUCAUUGGAAAUUAUUCAAGCCACUGGAACUCUUGUUGUUGCUUUAACAGUUAACCAAUGGUACUGGUCAAAACCUGAUGGUGUUAGAACAGUCCCUUUUGAUGCUUUGCUAUGGUCUAUAUACGUAAGUAUAAGAUAUCAUUUAGGGACAGUAAUAUUGGGUUCUCUUCUUAUGACUCCUGUGGCGCUUGGCAGGUUGGUUUUUUGCACUUCAAGUAAACGACAAUAUGAUUGUUUAUGUAGUGAAAAUAAUUUAUGUUUUAGUUGUUACGCCCACCCAUUUUUUCUCCGGAUUGAAGCAGUUGUGCGCUUUUUCUCUGAUAAUGCGUAUGUAGUUACUGCCAUUACUGGUGAGCCACUCUUUUCUGCCACACGACAAGCCACACGAUUAAUGCAGCGCAAUACUUCAGUCUCCUCCAUAACUUUUCCAGUUAAAUUUUUUUUUCUGGCUGUCAAAGCAGUCAUAAUACUUUCUUCAACGUUGCUGGGUGUGAUGUGGUUGCUUUUAACAGUGGAGAAUAUAGAAGGAUCGCAGACUACUAUAAUUGUCACCGCUGUGUUUAUAGCUUUGGUUUCGUACUUUAUCAUCUCUCUCUUUGUUGAUUUAUUUGUUGCGAGUAUGGAUACUAUUCUUCUUUGUUUCUGUUACGAUCAGAUGGCAAAUGAUGGGAUAGAUUUACCUUUCUUUAGUUGGAACACCUUGAGGGAACUUAUAGUAGCUUUAUCAUCAACACCCCCCAACCGAUGGACGAUUGGGGAGUAUCUCAUACAAAAUGACGGUUGCGUUACCACUCUGAGAUAA